CAACAAAUGCAUUGCCAUUAAACUCACUUCAAGUGUCUUAAGAAAAGCAAUAGCGUCUACUCAAGCGCCAAUAAACGACAAAACCCCACACUUUGUUGUCAGAAAAAUCGAAUCAACAUGAACUUUAAUAAAGUCUUCAUCUUCUUGGCCGUGGUGAUCGCCAUUUUCGCCGGACAAACCGAGGCCGGUUGGCUCAAAAAGAUCGGCAAGAAAAUCGAGCGUGUUGGUCAGCAUACCAGAGACGCCGCCAUUCAGGGAAUUGCUGUUGCUCAACAGGCCGCCAAUGUUGCUGCCACUGCCAGAGGCAAGUAGCUGCCUUAUUAUCAAACCGCCACUGCCUAAAUUAGUUAGUAAAAAAGUAUUUCAAUUUUUAUUUAUACUAAUAAUAAAUUAAA